AUGCAAUUUGAUGAUUAUGUAAGUUAGCUAGAGGGAUAACUCGGGACCUGGUGUGACUCGUGAAAUUUCAAUGGGAGUGAAGCUAGUUCGCUAGCCCAGCUAGCUGGUUAGCUACACUGCACUGCUAGGCCCGUGUGAACAGCAUCGGUCAGUUCACUAAAUAGCUACAUGUUAACGAGGGUAUGAAAUCAGUUUGAUCCCUUACUGAAGGCUGUGUUCUGCCAACGAGGACGUGCCGUAGCCCUGUUGGACUAAACCUAAUGUAUGGCUCUAAUAAAUAGGUUACAGAUCAGAGGGCCUUUCAGUGUCCAGAAAGCCUUGAGGAAUGACGUUUCUGACUGCUGUACCUCCUGAAUAAACUGCUGGAUGUCCUCUCAUAGCAGCUACAAUCAGCUUGUUUCCCUUGCAGCCUAUGCUCCUCCAUAAAGCCAUCGCAUCUGCUUUCAUCAACGCCACCUCUCAUCUACUGCUUGGAGGAAACCUCCAAGGUGCUCCUGGGAAUAUCCUGUGUAGAAUAUGUCCGGUCCUGUCUCAAGCCGUUCUCGAGUUUACCCUGAUGUAAACACACAGAGACCCAGAGAGUACUGGGACUAUGAGUCCCAUGUCGUUGAGUGGGGCAAUCAAGAUGAUUACCAGCUUGUGCGAAAGCUGGGACGGGGGAAAUACAGUGAAGUGUUUGAAGCCAUAAACAUCACAAACAAUGAGAAAGUUGUGGUCAAAAUACUAAAGCCUGUGAAAAAGAAGAAAAUCAAGCGAGAAAUCAAAAUUCUGGAGAACUUGAGAGGAGGCCCCAAUAUUAUAACGCUUUUAGACAUUGUCAAGGAUCCUGUGUCACGAACGCCUGCAUUGGUUUUUGAGCAUGUUAACAACACAGACUUCAAGCAAUUGUAUCAAACAUUAUCGGAUUAUGACAUUCGCUUCUACAUGUAUGAAAUUCUGAAGGCUCUAGACUACUGUCACAGCAUGGGCAUUAUGCACAGGGAUGUCAAACCACACAAUGUCAUGAUUGAUCAUGAGCACAGAAAGCUUCGUCUGAUAGACUGGGGCUUGGCAGAGUUCUACCACCCAAACCAGGAGUACAAUGUGCGAGUCGCUUCCAGGUACUUCAAAGGCCCGGAACUGCUGGUGGACUACCAGAUGUAUGACUACAGUUUGGACAUGUGGAGUUUGGGUUGCAUGCUGGCCAGUAUGAUCUUCAGGAAGGAACCAUUUUUCCAUGGACAUGACAAUUACGACCAGCUUGUACGAAUCGCCAAAGUCCUGGGCACAGAAGACUUAUAUGACUAUAUUGAUAAAUACAACAUUGAACUGGACCCACGUUUCAAUGACAUUUUGGGCAGGCACUCACGUAAGAGAUGGGAGCGUUUUGUGCACAGUGAAAACCAGCACCUAGUGAGCACUGAGGCUCUGGACUUCCUAGACAAGCUGCUACGUUAUGACCACCAGGCUCGCCUCACUGCCCGCGAGGCCAUGGAUCACCCCUACUUCUAUCCUAUUGUGAAGGACCAGGGCAGAGGAGCGCCCCCUGCAGGAAUGGCUGCCGGCUCUACUCCUGUCAGCUCCUCUAGCAUGAUGGCAGGUAUCACCUCCAUGGCAGCCAGCACGCAGCCCAUAGCCAACAUUGCAGCUGGCUCUCCUGUCAUCUCUGCCCCUAACACGCUGGCUACACAAGUACCCGCUGCCGCGGGAGCCCAACCUUGAACCUCUUUUUCUCCUUCUUCCUCUCUCUUAUUCUUCCUGUUCUCUUAUUCUCUCUCUAUUCUUUCCUCUUCUUUUUGUUUCCAUUGGCAAUGUGGACAGAGCCGCUGACUUCAUUUUUUUGUUAUUAUUAUGUUGACAGUAACGCAGAACUAAUGCUAAGUUACCCUUUUCCUCUACUCUUCAGUUCUGUUGUAUAGGGACAUGGACUCCCAUUAUCUUUUAGCACCCGCCUGGGCGAGUUAUAAUAGGCAUAUGGGUGCGAUUUCUCUCUUAUCACCGUGACUGUCUAGAAACACAUACACAUGUAGACCUGAAGAAGGAAAAUAAAAUUUAUUUUAUAUGUCCCUCAAGUAUUCUUGUGCUUGAAAAACAAUUCUUUGACCUACUUGUUCCCGUUUGGUUGUGUUUUUGUGGGGGGGACUCAGCAUUUUACUGCUUCACCUUUGGGUGUUAUUACACUGUGAAACUUGAUUACAGACUUCACAAAACCUGAGCGGGAUGCGGACUCGUGUUCAGUGUUCACCGGGUUAAUGGUUGCACCCGUCCCGCUGCACCGUGCUGGAGAUUCAGUUGUGUUCAUGUGGACUUGGACCGGGGGCCAAAUUCAAUCAAAACUGCUAAAACAUUACUGACGGUGUGUAUUCAAUCAUUGUAUGUGUGUAUAGCAAAACUCGCUGAUCAGUAAGUAGACGCUGUUGUUUCAUUGUUGCUUUAUUGAUUAUAUGGAGAGUUGAAAGCAGGUUGAUUGGAUUUGGCUGUGGACUUAGAUACUCAAUAGUUACUUCUAGGACAUGUGGCCAAUGCUGAGUACCACAGGGUAAUUAGUAUGCCAAUUUGUGUUACUCACAGAACUGAAAAUGUCUCUCUUUUCAUUUUUUUAAUGAAGCUUCUGACAUUUGUUUAAUACCAUGAAGAAUUUUGUAAGUUUUUUUUUUUUCUCCUUGAUAGAUUAUUCAGUGAAAAAUGUCUCUCAAACUCCAUGAUUAAAUGAGUUAAACAGGCAAAAUAUCUCUUUAGCACUGCAUGUUGUUUUUACUCUGCUAUGACUAAUUGAAGAUAGCAAAUAUUUACGUUUUUGUUUAUCACUCCCCUAAAACUUCUGCUUAGAUGGGCAGAUCUUUGAGUACCUUAAUUUUGAUUUGUUUCCAAAUGGUUCUUUCUUUUGGUCUUGUCUCAGUAAAGUACUUGGUGUGAUGAGUAGUAUGUAAGGAGACUGAAAACACCCACUGCCUGUAUCAAGUGUGGAUAGUUCAAAUCUAUUAAAACAACAUUGUGAAUUGUAAAUUAAAUCAUAUAAAGUUUGCAGUAGA